AGAGUUUAUUUAUAUGAGGAUAUGUAUCAGAUGACUGAUAGAAGCUAUCAUUAAAAUUGUUUACUGCCCUGAACGCUCUGUUAAUGUGUUUUUGAAUUCAUUAGUGGAAUAUUUAUAUUCAGAGUUUAAAAUCUUGAAAGUAAAGUUACAUCAUGACUAAUGAUGAACAUAACUUAUCAGAGAAUAAGCUUUUUAAUGACUGCAUACAUGGCCACUUUGUAUUACCACCAUUGUGUGUUGCAAUCAUUGACACAGAUGUGUUUCAACGAUUACGGAACAUCAAAAUGUUAGGUCUUGGGUAUUAUGUUUACCCUGGUGCUUGUCACAAUAGAUUUGAACAUUCCCUAGGAGUGAGCUAUCUUGCUGGGAAAAUGGUUGAUGCCUUAAACAACAAUCACUUGGAAAGUGAAAUUAAAAUAAGACCUUUUGAGAAACUAUGCCUGCAAGUGGCUGGAUUGUGUCACGAUUUGGGGCAUGGCCCAUUUUCCCAUUCAUGGGAAAAAUUCAUAAAUGCUGCAUCCAAUGAUAAUUGGAAAGUAAGUACUGUGAUAUACAAAUCCUUAGUA